AUGCAAGAAGAGAAAUUACGAAAAGGGCCUUGGCUCGACGAGGAAGACGAGAGACUAGCAUAUGUUAUCGCCAUUUUAGGUGAACGUCGUUGGGAUGCCUUAGCAAAAGCUUCAGGGCUGAGGAGGAGUGGGAAAAGCUGCAGAUUAAGAUGGAUGAACUAUCUUAGACCUAACUUAAAACAUGGCCAUAUCACUCAAGAUGAAGAACAUCUAAUUAUUAAACUUCAGAAACAAUUGGGAAACAAGUGGUCAAAGAUUGCUAAACAAUUGCCAGGAAGAACUGAUAAUGAAAUAAAGAAUUAUUGGAGAAGUCAUUUGAGAAAGAAAGCACUUAUUUAUGAACAAGGUCCAAUUCAACAUUCUCCUUAA